AUGUCGACGUCCCCGUUCACGUCGGCCCACCGACUCUACGUCAAGUCUCUCUACAGGCGCAUGCUCAAGAAUGAACUCGACUGGGUCAUUCGCAGAGACAUCUGGAGGGGUCGCGCCAUGCUCGUCAGAGCCGAGUUCGAGAGAAACCGGAACGUCCAUAACCCCCGUGAGCUGGCCGAGAUCCUCGAGAAGGCUGAGGCAAGCCUGGCCGACAAGCUGCACCCCGACCCUUUCAUCCCACCAAUGAUGCCCGGCGGCACAAAAUGGGAGCGGAACCUCCCGCCCACCAUCGCCCCUCUCUACGACCACGAAUCCGCAGCACACCAUUAAUGUACACUCGUUGUCCAGUUAUUCGCAAAAUAGAAGCUUC